AUGGCUGUCAGGGAGGCCGGCAAGGUGGACGACCAAGGGAAUGUCGAUGAAAUCAAACAGUAUCGAGAUGCUCGAUGGGUUACACCUCCAGAAGCUUUGUGGAGGAUAUAUGGGUUUGACUUGAGUAAGAACUACCCACCUGUGAAACAGCUCCAGCUCCAUUUGCCUGACAUGCACAUGGUUUCGUUCCAUGAGCGCCAGAAGAUAGAAAAUGUUGUGAACCGUCCAGGUGCUGAUGAGUCAAUGCUAACAGCCUAUUUUGCAGCAAAUGGACAAUAUGAGUGGGCUCGAGUGGCUGAGAAAAGGGGUCUGAUUGAAGAGGAUAACACCCUGGAUGAGUGUCUUUCUGAAGCUGCUGACUUCCAUAUGCCAUCCUCAUUACGGCGGCUAUUUGCAACAAUAUUAGUUUUUUGUGAGCCAAGUGAUGUGUUUGGGUUGUGGCAGAAAUACUUGGAGGCAAUGUCCGAAGACUAUAAGCAUAACAGUGCAUCAACCGCGGUGGUCGAGCAGAUGGUUUUGAUCGAUAUUAGGAAAAUGCUUCAGUCAAUGGGUAAGGAUAUUAAGUCAUUUCCCCUUCCAAAUGUUGACGACAUGUAUGAUGAUGCUAAUGGUAUUCCCCGUGAGAUAUUCGAGGAGGCAAACAUUGAGGCGAACAAUGACGAUGUAGCUAUGGUGGAGACUCUAAACAUAGGGCAAAGGGAUGCUUAUGAUGUCAUCAUGGCCGCUGUUAACAAUGAUAAGGGUGGAUUAUUCUUCGUUGAUGGACCUGGUGGGACUGGGAAGACAUUCUUGCUUAGUUUUGCAAUGACAGUGAACAAGUCACAGGGGCAGACAAUUCCUAAUGUUGGUGUUUACCUAUCUGAACCUGUGUUCUCUCAUGGCCAAUUGAUUCUUGUUGUUCCACCUAAUGCUGAGGCGGAGGAGGAAGACAACGAGGAAAAAGCAAACAGUAUGGAAUAUUGUUUUGCUGCGCUUGGAUGGGUUUCAACCUGA